AUGAGAUCCAGCUACCUAGGGAACAGGGAUGAGGCUGGUUGCGAGGAUUCAGCCAGCACAGGGCGCUGGGAGUACGAGGCCCGAGGUGCUUUCAAGGCUUUUGAGGACGACUGUCAAGGGGAGGUAGAACGACUCUUCCAAGAGUACCAUAGCGGUGGACAACAACGUGUGACGGUGAAGACGGGCAAAAUUGAGAUCUCCUUGGAUUUCAAGUUGAUGACUUCGAGGGUCGGGGUCAUUCUCUGA